AGACGCUGCCGCCGAGGAAAUUCUUGUAGUACUAGCCAUGGUCAACCCUACCGUGUUCUUCGACAUUGCCGUCGACGGCGAGCCCUUGGGCCGCGUCUCCUUCGAGCUGUUUGCAGACAAGGUUCCAAAGACAGCAGAAAAUUUUCGUGCUCUGAGCACUGGAGAGAAAGGAUUUGGUUAUAAGGGUUCCUGCUUUCACAGAAUUAUUCCAGGGUUUAUGUGUCAGGGUGGUGACUUCACACGCCAUAAUGGCACUGGUGGCAAGUCCAUCUAUGGGGAGAAAUUUGAAGAUGAGAACUUCAUCCUAAAGCAUACAGGUCCUGGCAUCUUGUCCAUGGCAAAUGCUGGACCCAACACAAAUGGUUCCCAGUUUUUCAUCUGCACUGCCAAGACUGAGUGGUUGGAUGGCAAGCAUGUGGUCUUUGGCAAAGUGAAAGAAGGCAUGAAUAUUGUGGAGGCCAUGGAGCGCUUUGGGUCCAGGAAUGGCAAGACCAGCAAGAAGAUCACCAUUGCUGACUGUGGACAACUCGAAUAAGUUUGACUUGUGUUUUAUCUUAACCACCAGACCAUUCCUUCUGUAGCUCAGGAGAGCACCCC